CCACAGUACUCUCUAUGGCAUGCACCGUCGAACUUAAUAAAUGGAGGGUACGAUUUCAUAUUGAGAAAACUUCGAUCAUGGUAGAUAUAGCUUAUAAUAUUGUUGCCCUAAUUUCUGUGACUUUCCUUGUGCCCACAAAUGAAGUGCUUCGUCUGAGGUAGAAGUUGAAGGCUGGUUCUUGCAGUGCCCCCAAUCCGCAGGCAUGCCCUCUGAAAACUUUCUCUCUCUUCUUUUUAUGCAAUUCUUCUCCAUGAAAUCUCUCUCUCUCUACAGCGCCAUUACUCAUGUAACAUGCCAGAUCUCUUUCAACUAGAUAUAUGAAAUGAAUCUCCAUAAGAAACUCGCCCUCUUUCACUUCCUGAAAUUAUCCAAUAUCCAUAUCCCCACAUGCAUUGUAACCCUAAAUUCGUUUGCUCCAUUCUCUUCGAAUCUCACCAGACGAGAGACAGCAUUACCAUUCCCCCUUGCUGAUUACUUGAUCAAGAAGCAUGGGUUCUCUAAGGAUAGCAUCCUUCCAGUCUGUGCCCAACUAGGCCAUGUUAGAAGCCACAAGGAAGCUGAUGCUACAGUCUCUUACUUCAAGGAAUGUGGUUUCUCUCAGACCCAAAUAGAAGAAAUGCUAAAAAGAAGCCCAAGAAUCUUGAUAGCUAGUGUGGAUAAAACCCUUAAGCGCAAGCUAAAGAUAUUUCAGGAUUUGGGCCUCUCUGACGCCAGAUUGACCAAUUUAAUCUCUAAUGAUCCAGGCAUUCUAUGGCGUGGUGAGGAACGAUUGUGCCAUUUGAUUGAGUUUCUCAAACUUGUUCUUGAAACCGAUGAUAAGGUCUAUAGAGCAAUUAAGAAUUCUGGUUGGCUUCUAAAGACAGAUUUGAAGAAAACCCUGUUGCCUCUAACAAACUAUAUGCAGAGUUGUGGAAUCACACUCUCUCAGAUAGCAAAAUUGAUAAUGAAUUUUCCUCGAGUUCUACUUUUGAACCCUGACUGGGUCAAGAGUGUUAUACAAAGGGUCGAUGAAUUGGGCUUUAGUCGAGAUGCAAGCCUGUAUGUUCAUGCUAUUGGGGUCAUGAGCUCUUUGACUAAAGAGAAAUGGGAGGAAAAGAUUAAGUUAUUUCAGAGUUUUGGGUGGUCUGAGAAAGAUGUAAUUACUGCUUUCAAAAGGGCACCACAUGUACUGUUGGUUUCGGAAGAAAAGAUUCGAUGUGCUAUGGAGUUUUAUCUGAAUACACUCAAAUUUGACGGCCCUUAUAUGAUUCUUCAUCCCACAUUGCUUAUGUUCAGCUUUGAGGGGAGAGUGGUACCCAGGCAUAGAGUAGUGGAACAUCUAAGAAGCAAGCGACUUCUUCGUAAAUCUCCUAGCUUCUCAACUGUGUGUCAUCUGACAGAGAAGAGUUUUCUUAGGUCAUCGCUGGGAAAGAUGGGUAGCUUUGCAUGGUAUUAUGUUGGAUUUUCCCCCUCUGUGGGAUCAGGGUAUUGAAGGUAAACUUAUGAAUUCAUUUUUUGUAAUCAAUUUGAAAAUCAAAUGGACUGGUAAAGUAGAAGGUGGCAAUGUAUGGAUAGGAUGACCUGCAAUGUGCUACUUCUUGCUUUCUUUACUUUUCUUGUACUCUUUCUUGGAUUGGUAAGCUACUAAUAGUUAUGUUUUUUUUUUUUGGGAAUAGUGUCGACUGUAUUGCAUUAAAGGAAAUCAAGUAUAAAAAUGUGCUUCUUCAAAGGAAGCUAUGUACAUUAAAAAUGG